AUGCCUUCCUUCCAUUUAAAAACAAAUCAAGAAGAUUCCUCUUUGCAAAGCUCUAAAUCAGCUUGUGUUUUGGAGCCAGACUGCAGGGACAGCUGGGGCUGUGUCGGGGCAGAGGCAGUGUCAGUAAGUGGGGCCACCAAACAGUAACGGAAAGACAGGGCAAGGGGAGCUGGGCAAAAAGGUGAGGAGGAGAAGCAAAUAGUUAUAAGCAGCUGUUGAACAAGGAGGUUGGGGCUGUGGAGUGUGGGGGAAUGGUUUUUGGUUGGGGUGAGCUGAGAGCAAAGGAAAGGGAUGGGGUUAGAAGGCAAAGGCAGUGAAGAGAAGAAAGUGGGCUAGGAUGGUCUGGAGAGGAGAGAGCAAGCACGACUUGAAUUGAAUGGUUGGAAGAGCCUCUGAAUCAUUAUUACUCAGCUGUCAUCGGUGUCUGAAAUUCACCCGGUGUUUCAUGCUCCUCAUGUUAGUCUUCACAAAGGAGGAUGAGCUACCCUUGCAGCCCAUUUACUCCAUUACCUUGGUUGUAGUGGUCCACAUGAUGGAUUUGUCUCUUCUGAUAAUCCACAAAAGUGUUCAUCGUGAUGCUUCAUGAGGGAAUUGGUUUGCUGUAAAAGAAACUAACUCUGUGAAGAGGGCACUUUGAAGGGUGCUAAUGCAAGAACUGGAAGCUGGGGGAAGACCAGUUAUACUCUGCGUGCACUUCUGUCUACCCGACUGUAUGUCUUAUACAACUCAUGUUUUAGCUACGUCACUCUGUGCUGUUUCUUCCACAGGACCCCCGCCUCAUUCACUGCAUGCGAUGGACCUGCUCUGAGAUAAAUCUGAGUUGCACAGUGAAAGAGACCAUCUGUAGGACCCCUGCCUCAUUUGUCAGGCUGCUCGGCAGAAUGGCCACAGAGGAGCGGCACCUCUCCUCCAGCUGUGGGUCCUUCAUCAAGACCGAGCCCUCCAGCCCAUCUUCUGGCAUCGACGCCAUCAGCCAUCACAGCCCGAGCGGCUCCUCUGACGCUAGCGGUGGCUACGGCAUCACCAUGGGUGGCCACCCCAAUGGCCUAGACUCACCACCCAUGUUCAAUGGCACGGGGAUUGGCAGUGGGUCCUGCCGUAAGCGUUACGAUGACUGCGCCAGUGCCAUCAUGGAGGACUCACCCACCAAGUGCGAGUACAUGCUCAAUGCAAUCCCCAAGCGGCUGUGCCUGGUGUGUGGGGACAUUGCUUCUGGGUACCACUACGGCGUGGCUUCCUGUGAGGCGUGCAAAGCCUUCUUCAAGAGGACUAUUCAAGGGAAUAUUGAAUACAGCUGCCCGGCCACCAAUGAAUGUGAGAUCACGAAACGGAGGCGCAAGUCCUGUCAGGCCUGUCGCUUCAUGAAAUGCCUCAAAGUGGGGAUGCUAAAAGAAGGUGUUCGUCUGGAUCGAGUCCGUGGAGGCCGCCAGAAAUACAAAAGGAGACUGGAUUCUGAGAGUAGCACUUACCUGAGCCUACAGAUCCCUCCCCCAGCUAAAAAGCCACUGACUAAGAUCGUCUCCCACUUGCUGGUGGCUGAGCCAGAGAAGAUUUAUGCCAUGCCUGAUCCAACCAUGCCAGAGAGUGACAUCAAAGCCCUGACAACCCUCUGUGACCUGGCAGACAGGGAACUGGUGGUGAUCAUUGGCUGGGCAAAGCACAUCCCAGGGUUCUCCAACCUCUCCCUUGGGGACCAGAUGAGCCUCCUGCAGAGCGCCUGGAUGGAAAUCCUCAUCCUGGGCAUUGUGUACCGCUCCCUGCCAUAUGAGGACAAGCUUGUCUAUGCUGAGGACUACAUCAUGGAUGAAGAGCACUCUCGUCUGACGGGGCUGCUGGAGCUCUACCUGGCCAUCCUACAACUGGUGCGCCGCUACAAGAAGCUCAAGGUCGAAAAGGAGGAGUUUGUCACGCUCAAAGCUCUGGCCCUCGCCAACUCAGACUCCAUGCACAUAGAGGACAUGGAUGCAGUGCAGAAACUCCAGGACCUUCUCCACGAAGCCCUGCAGGACUACGAGCUGAGUCAGCGCAACGAGGAGCCCCGGCGAGCAGGCAAGCUGCUCCUGACCUUGCCCCUCCUGCGGCAGACGGCCGCCAAAGCUGUGCAGCACUUCUACAGCAUCAAACUGCAGGGCAAGGUUCCCAUGCAUAAACUCUUCCUAGAAAUGCUAGAGGCAAAGGUCUGACAGCCCCAGUGCCAGCCGACAGUGGCCGGGGAACAAACUAGAAACAAAGAUGCAGACAACGGAGCAAUCCAAACAGCAGCAGCAGCCACCGCCGGCUUUUAUCUCCAGUCAUUUAUUAUGGAAGAAUUAUUUAAUGUCUAUCUGUCGGCGUGACUGCAGAAAUCUCGUGUACAGGAGGGGGGAAACUCUUUUAAUCAGUCACCUGUUUCUCUUUUUUUCGUUUGUUUUCUCUGUGGGAAAUACCAGAAUAUGCUCUUGCACUUGUUGAGGCGGUCAAUGGGGCUUAGCCCCUCUGAGCAGUGAUGCUCUCAGCGCUGCCCAGGCCGCCUGCUCCCCAGCUCCCUCCGCCAGUGCUGGAGGGGGAGUGGGGACAGAAGCAGGAAGAGAGGAAGAAUAGAGUCAAUAUAAACUUUAUCUGCUGGUGUUGUGAGGGGUCAGAUAGAAAGGGAAGCAGCCAGGGUCCUUCUUUUUGUCACCUUUCUGGCUCUAACCAUAGAGCAGAUGCUCCUUUGGAGAAGAGUGCUGCUGGACCUCUCCUGAUUAAAACGGCUGCUUCCCAGGCUCCUCUAGCGACAGCUAACACUUGUACAUACAGGCCCCAUUUCUCACUGGGAAAGAUGCUCCUAACUGUGUAAGAUAUUCUGCGACCUUGUACAGUGUGUCAUUACGCCUGGCUAGUCCCUCCCAUGUACAAUCCCCGCAGGCCCCUGAAGAGGUAGGAUGUAUGACCCUGAGAGAAUGCAAGUCUCCUUUCCCAGAUGGCAAGAAAAAGAGAAGAGCCUGAUGUUAUGCUUCAGUGCUGGGUUGACAUGAUAAUCUCUGCAUCCUCUCCUAUGUGGUGCUAACUACAGUUCUUCCACACUUUUCACCCCAUAGUGUAUCAACCUGCCUCUUCAGCUCAGCUGAGUGCCAUUCCCCACUUGUUCCUUGUGGCAGAGAACACAAGGCUUUGUCUGCAUGGUUACUGCCCAAGUAUAAAUACACCCCAAAACAGGGCUUUCCUAGACUUCAUUAAAGUGAAUAGCUCUUUGCCUCCAAAAAGAUUUAGGCUUAUUGCCAAAUGCUAGUUAGGAAUCAAGGGCACUGCUUUUUGGAGGAGGCAGCUCUUGAGCCUGAGAGAUUGCUUUUUUGUGGCAGCCUAGGGAAAUAAAUUAGAGGGUGGCAUGAAACCCCCGAUAUCUCAACUACUGUCUUCCCCUGCCUCAUCCCAUUAUCCUCAACAGCAGCAAAAGAGCUAGCAUAGAUUAUACGUGGGCCUGGUAAGAGGUUCUCUUGCUGAUGGGAAAGCAAAUACCUGACUUUGAGGUGGUGGGAGAAGUGGGGGAAUGUUUACUCUCUCACGUAACCAGCUUCCUGCUGUCUCCAAGCCCUGGUUUAGAUUUGCUGCCGAAGCCACAACUGCUGCAUUCCCAGUAGCCAGAGGGGAAUGUGGGUUACUUGACAAAACUGGCUGUUGGCAUUCUCUGAGAUUUUACUUUCUAGGUCACUUAGUUUUGAGGAGCCUGAGCUGAUGAAACCUGAACGUAUUGUCUGUUUUGUGGUCAGCGGCAUGGCAGUAGAGGUGAGAAAAAGCCUCUGAUCUACAUUAGAGACACCACGAGCUCUACUGCCUCUGUUCCCCUCAAGCUUCCACCCCUUCCUGGCUAGCCCAGGAGAAAGGUGGUGUGGCAGAGGAGUAACUUGUCCCCAGCAGGCAGCCUUCCAAACCAGGGUUGAGGCACGUGAUCAGGGAGACACUGGGUGCUUGUUUUCUGCUGGAGCAGAAUGUGUCACAGCAGGGCUGUCAGUGCUGUAGAACAACGCCCAGGCUAGCUCAGAGACUGGGGGUGCUAACUCAUGCUGACCUCUCAGCUCUCGUAGCCAGCUCGCUCCUGGUACUUGAGUUACUUCAGUUCCAUCUCUUCCGAGUUUUCCCUACACUACCCAGUCGUAGCUACUCUCACUCAUUUUGUACUCACUUGAUAAAGGAAUUCAGUCUUGCUUCAGGCACAUUAGUAAACCAACAGAGACCUAAGGGGCAGGACGCACAUGGGAGCUGGGACUGCUUCCAUGCUCACAGCAGUAGCAAUUACACAGUGGCCUUGUGCUUUGAACAGAUACUUGUACUCUCUCCCCAGCUGGCAGCUGGGGAGAAAAUGAGAGGCUUUUGGUAGCGCUCAUGUUCCAUCUGUGGCUGAGAAGGACCAAAGUGAAAUGCAUGCCACCACUAUAGAGCCAGCUUGCCAUGUGCUACACCCUGGCAACUCUUUCCGGCUGUGGCAUAAAUGGUCUCACAAAUGCGCUGGGUUGCGCUAUCACCUGUAAGUUUGACUCACUUGAUCACUGUUGCUUCCCUGCUGAGUCCCACCCAGCUCAGCCACAGCACAUUGUGUCCUGACCUGCUAUGCAAAGGUAGCUGUCGCAAAAUGGGCUGAAAAGAUACUGAGAAGCAAUUCUUACUCUGUUGGACCCUGGCUGGAAAGGUCACUUACAAAAAAAAAAAAAAGAAAAAAAAAAAGGCUCUUCCAGCUUUAUUGUAUUUGGACUCGGGCCUGCUUUCCAGAACAGGGAGGGAGAACUAUCUACAAAACAUGAUUAUGGAGAGCUGCCGAGUUAGCUUCUAGCCCACAGAGACUGCUGGCUGUUUAGAGUAGGGCUAUGGUAUGGAGGCAACUCCUGCCUUGGCAGAACAAUAUAAAGAUACCAAAUACAUUUUUUUCCAGGACCUUCUUUCUCCAUUACAGCUGCAUAACCUUGGAACCCAUCUGGAUAUCCCCCAUUGCUUGAGAGAAUAUGCCUGGAAAUGUUUGCAUUGCUUCUGAAAUAGGAUGGGAACUGAACCAGACAGUAAUUAGCAUAUAUUAAUCUCUUUAAGCAAGGAAUGCAAACUCUUCCCCAGGAACUGGGACAGAAACACCUGUCUAGAUUUAACCCUUAAAAGGCCUGUACCAUCUUAUAUUGGGAACCAGGUCAGGUCUUGGGCCCUUCAGACCAGUGCAGGAAUCACACGCAUCUCUUCCCAGUUAUUCUGAUCUGCUGUGCAUCGUUAGUACUGUCAUGCUGCCACAACUGAGAAGCAUGUCCAGCAUUGCAGUGAGCUGGGCUUGCAGAGAAGGGUAACAUCUUAGUGUAGUCCUCUCAGUGCACUUUGAAGUAGGAAAUGAGGCUUCAGCAACUGCUUAGGUCUUUGAAUGCUCACAGUCUCUUACAAAAAGGUCUGGAGAUGUGGAAGUUGAGACAUGAACUAGGAAAUGGGUUCUGGGUCAGUGCUCUUUAUACCGUUCCUGUGUAAUAUAGGAGUCACAGAGUCAGUGCCAUACAGCUGUCCUUCUACAUGGGGCAAAAGAUGAUGGAGCUUGAGCCUUGGGACACAAAUGGGCUCAUGACUUAAAGAAAAGCAAAGCAAAGCUGUAUAGGUAAGUGUAUCAGUGACAGUGAAUAAGCAUGAAGCCCACAUCCAGCAACUAUGGUAAAAGCAGCUCCAGCCCCUGAUUUGCAUGUGCAGAUAACAGAAACCACGUACCUGUCAGCUACUACAAAAGGCAAUUCUUCCCAAGUGACCAGCUCUUCUGUUUCGGGCACAUUCUUCUCUGGGAACAGCGGUGCCUGGCCUGUAAUGCAAAACAAAUUUCAUGGGGAUCAAUUAAAAGAAAAGGUAAAAUACCACACAGAAUUAGGUUUCUGGGGAAACUUGGGCAUUACACCUCGCAGCAAAACUGUGAAGCUAUAAGAAACUCCCCCACAACAAUCAGAACCUUGCAGUAUUGCUCAUGCUAAGGGGGCAUUAUUUUUCUCUUUAUAAGCUAAGUAAUCUUUUUUUUUUUUUAAACUAUUACAAAUAUAUAAAAUAAAACAUGCUGCACCAGAAACAUGUCAGCAGCUAUUAGAGGGGAACGUCAUUGAGAAAGACCCUAGAAUGUAACUUGUUGAGCUUUUAUUACCAAUCAGAGAUGAGAAAAAGAGCUUCCACUUUGUAUCCACAAGCUAUAAUCGAUCAUAUGGCCAAAGGCCACUCUGUUGUUCUUGUGGCUGGGUUAUGUGGAGAAGCCAGAGAGAGACAGGCUGUGAGAAUGAUGCAGGGAGUUAUAGACUGUCAGUGAAAAACAGUAUCUACUUAACUAUUAUCUGCUCCUAAAAAAAAAAAAAAGAAAAAAACCUGUUAAAUAAAUUGUAUUCUUGUGGUACAGGUCAUUUCAAACAAAACAAGAAAUAAAACACAGAAAUGUAAAAACU